UAACGGCAGCUGCCUUCCAUGGUAGCCCAUCCCUAGUUUGCAGCUGCCGGGUGAUCUUGAUCUUUUGACAGCAACAGACACACAAACAGACAGAGUGCAAGCUGUGUGGAGCAGAGGUGGAAAACAUUAAUCAUUUUGUGCUAUGGUGCCCGUUCCUGCAAGACACAAGAAGAAGAGCGUUGCAAAGGCAUAUCCCGGGAGCACAUCCUGACUGCUGGACUCCCACGCUCAAGUUCAAGGUCGGUCCACAACAUUGGGUUCUAAUUAAAGCCGCUUCUCAAAUUAUUUCACCUUGACUGAUAUUGUCCCGGCACGCGCACACCUGCAGAUCCCUUAGCUACGCCCACACGCAGAGAAGGCUUAGCAACCAUGGCAGAGGCAUCGCUGGGCAAGGUGACAGAUGUUGACAUUGAUGCUGGCACCUUCAAGUAUGUGCUUAUCAAGGUGUGCCACAGUCCCCCCGCCCCAGCCCCGGAGACAACCAAGUACAUCGCUCGAGGAUACACCUCCGCAGAAUACCACUCCGAUGUGUACGACCGCGUCACCCCCAACAUCGAGGCUCUGGGGCUUGACUGCGAGUGCGUCGGUGGCGGCAGGAUAUGUCACCAGCCAGAGGAGAAGUCGAUCAAGGUCUACGGGUACUCCCAGGGCUACGGCAAGGCGGACCACAGCAUAACGGUCGGCCUCCUUAAGAAAAAGUACCCGGAUUAUACCAGCAUCACGUUCUCAAAUGAUGGAUAUUAGAGGAUUGGUUCUGGGGCAGUUUGGGUUGCGGAAAGUAGCAAUCUAACUUAACAUUACCUUACCUAACCUAACCAGAACAGAACAGCAUCACGUUCUCAAAUGAUGGAUAUUAGAGGAUUGGUUCUGGGGUAGUUUGGGUUGCGGAAAGUAGCAAUCUAACUUAACAUUACCUUACCUAACCUAACCAGAACAGAACAGCGUCACGUUCUCAAAUGAUGGAUAUUAGAGGAUUGGUUCUGGGGUAUGUGGGUUGGGUAGAAAAGUGAUCUGACCCAACAUUACGUGACUUUAUCUUUCCUAAUCUAACCAGAACACAACAUCACGUUCUCAUAUGACGCUAUUAGAGGACUGGGUCUGGGGUUGUGUGGGUUGGGUAGAUAAGCUAUUUAACUUAACAAUUCCAGACUUUAUCUUUCCUAACCUAACCAGAACACAACAUCACGUUCUCAUAUGACGCUAUUAGAGGACUGGGUCUGGGGUUGUGUGGGUUGGGUAGAUAAGCAAUUUAACUUAACAAUUCCAGACUUUAUAUUUCCUAACCUAAUCAGAAGACAACAUCACGUUCUCAUAUGACGGUUAUUUGAGGAUUGGUUCUGGGGUAGUGUAGGCAAUUCAACUUAACAUUACCUGACUACCUUUCCUAACCUAACCUAUCCAGAACACACCAGCAUUGUAUGUAUUCUAAAAUGAUGGAUAGUAUAGGAUUUGUUCUGGGGUGGUGUUGGUUGGGUAAAAUAGCAGUCUAACUUAACAUUACCUGACUACCUUUCCUAACCUAAUCUACCCAGAACACACCAGCAUUGUAUGUAUUUUGAAAUGAUGGAUAACCCAAUCCAAACCAAAGCCAAACUAGCCUACCCCAAACCAGCUUAACAUCAACCAACCUAACCCACCUCAACCUGAUCCAACCUAGCCCACCUCACCCCAAUCCAACCUAGCUCAUCCCAACCCUAUCUAACUUAUCCCACACACCAACCCAAGCCAAACCAAAACCAAACUAGCAUAUCCCACCCCAAGCCAGCUCAACCUAACCCACCCCAACCCAGACCAACCUAGCCCACUUCACCCCAAACCAACCUAGCCCACCUCACCCCAAUCCAACCUAGCUCAUCCCAACCCUAUCCAACCUAGCUCACCCCAACCCCAUCCAAACCAAAAUCCAACUAGCCUACCCCAACCCAACCCACCCCAACCCAAUUUGUGUUCCCGAGUGGCGGUUAUCGCUGAAGAUGGUUGUGUGUGAGGGAGCUGUGAUUCAAUUAAAGUGAUAAAAGAAAGUAUUUGUGUCAAGGAUUUUUGUUUGUUUUUCCACGUUAUUUCCGUUCCUGCAUUGAGAGAAAUAGGUAUAUUCACUCAUUUGUUUCAGUCACUCUCUCCCUAAAUGAAUCUGCUGUGAUCUGUAUGGCUGAAUUCUUAAGUCCAGGAUGUUACUAUAAGUCUGUUAACUUAAGUCCGACCCAAGCUGACAACAUAAACCUAAGCGUGUUUGCAAGCUGAGUGCUGAUUGGCUGCUGCUAUGACUUUCAAGUUUUCUUUAACCUCUGUUUGUGUUAAUCUCACGCGGCACUUUCUGGUGAUCUGCACUGUGCUUACGAACACGCUUAGGUUUAUGUCGUCAGCUUGGGUCGGACUUAAGUGAAUGGACUAUGUUAGGUAGAAUUUGUUGCUAGUUUGAAUCCUUGAUCGGGGGAUGUGUGGCCAUUAGGACAAAGUGAAUAUGACGCUUUCUCUGCAUUCUAAGCUAACUCCUUAUUGGGUGUUCGUGUUAGUUAGGCAGAGCUUGUUUACUCCUAUGACUUAUCUUCUAUUCUGACUAUAGUUUGAAUUCUUGACGGGCGUACAUGCUGCCAUUAGGACAAACUGAACAUGUUGCUUUCUCUGCAUUCUAAACUAACUCCUUAUUGGGUGUUCCUGUUAGUUAGGCAGAGCUUGUUAACUCCUAUGACUUAUCUUCUAUUCUGACUAUAAUUUGAAUUCUUGACAGGCAUACAUGCUGUUAUUAAGACCAGCUGAACACGACCCUUUUUUUGCAUUCUAAACUAACUCCUUAUUGGGUGUUCCUGUUAGCUAGGCGGACCUUAUUUACUCCUACGACAUACCUUCUACUUCAUCCCCUUUAUCCUCGGUCUCGGGCGAUGGGGUUAGUAAAGACUUAUAAUUUUAUAGCAUUUGUACGCUUCCAGACCUACCUUCCUUAUCCACCGAGUUUAAUGAUAACCACAGUAGUCUUUGUAUACUUUCUCAUUAUUACUGUUAUUAUUUCCUGUUUGGGCAUUGAUGGUUUAGUGUGUAUCUGCCAGGCCUGCUCUCAUCCUCUUAGUUGGCCUCAGCGGUUCCAAAUUGUCAUACUCUGCAUUUUAUAUUUCCCGAUUAUUGACCCAAAACAGUCUCAUGCACACAAAUAGUGAUAUGCUUUUAUAUUUAUUGCUAAAAUCAUUAAUCAGGGAUGUUUUUUUGUAAUAUUUUAUGAGUCAGAAUCCUGAAAAUACAAUGUGAGGAGUACGAUAAUUUAGCAUCCCUGGUUGGCCUCCUUCAUUGUGAUUUGAGUCUUCCAAAUUUGCUAUAAAGUCAUCACAUGGAGA